CCACUUCCUGGAAGGGGUCACGGGAGGGUGGGGCCGCACAUCAGACACGCCCACCGCUCAUAAACUUCACACAUUUUUUUCACAUUUUGUGAAAUGAUUUUUUUAAUAGAGAAGAAUGGGUGCUGCUUUUUUUGUCUGUUCAGGCGUUAAUAUUUUACUCUUUAAAUUAUGAAGUGACCAGGAACCAUGCUGUAAAUAAAAACAAUACUAUUCAGCUAAUUCUUUAGAUAUUACAAAUUGUUUCGAGCAAAAGUUUCAUUAGAAAGGAAUAUAUGAUGCAGUGGGAAGUACUUUCAUUUUGCAGUUUCAAGCCUGUAGCAUGGUCAAGGACACAGUCAAACUCAUUGCUAAUACACACACAGGCAUAAACUACACUUUUGAUUCACAAAAGCGCAGGAGAGUUUAUGGGCGGGGCUUAGCUGUCCUCUCAGGAGUUUCUUUCAACUGAACAGACUUAUUUCAGUGAGUGAGUCAGUGAGACACUAGGUGGUUGUGUGGGGACCAUGUCGGAGUUGUGGGUGAAACUAUGACCAUGCCACAUCAGAACCACGGUUUUAUGGGAGCCAUAAAGGCAGGAGGUUGGCCGUUGUCUUUGCUGUUACUUUGGGCCUGCUUAACUUUGUUUUGCCAGGAAGUAAUGAGCCCGUCCUUAAAAGUAGUUUUUCCUGAAGAUGGGGGACAUGUAUUAAAACACAAUGGACAUUUUACACAAGACUUUCUUAAAGCGGUGAAGACAAAGCCCCCCCCCCAGACGUGGCCGGCCCACCCUGCAGAUGUCAGGGGGAUCACAGUCUCUCAGCAGCUUAAACGAGCCAAGAGUCGCAGCUCCGGCCCUGCGGGGGGCCACCAGGCCUGAAUGGGCCACUUCCACCCGCCACUAAAGCCCCCCCACCGAGCAUUUGUAAAAUGAUUUGUGGCAAAUUUGUUGAAUCAAUAUGGAUGCGGGGGUCUGGGUCCUCGGCCCACUCGGCCAUCGGGGCUCUUUGUCUGUCACUCCUCCACCUGAGUUAUUGAUCGGACAACAAACUCAGAUUGAAGCCUUCAGGACCAGUGUGGGUCUUUGGAUUACGAGACGCACAUCUGCUACAUUUUGCGAGCGCUCUGGCCAAAGACACACCGUGCUGACUCCCAUCUGCUCUGCCACGCAGCGCCGUGUAUGCAGUCAUCCAUUCUAGUUUAUGGAUGAGGUUAUGACAACAGAAGCAUGUGCAGAAACGGGACACGUAUCUGACUGAAGGAUUGUGUUUACGACUGUGGAUCAGUCAGCUGUUAGGUCACCAAGGUAAUUGACUUGAAAUCUCCGACCUCACUCACAUCAAGAGUUCAUGCACACGCGGGUGAGGAGGCAUGAAUGAGAGUGUAUCAUGGUUGCUAUGGCGACCCCAGAAAUGGCAUCAGCCCUGAACAAUGGUCAUCUGGGGCUUUGAGGAAGCCCGCUGCCCCCCCUCCCCAUCAGUACUUCCACACCCACAUCUGCCGCCUCUGUUCUCAGACUUAUGAGAUGUUCUGCUGAUUUCUUUGCAUAAAAGCACAAUCCCAAACGCAGCCCACAUCUGUGGAGUCAGAGGGAGUCAGAGGGCGGGGCGACGGGAGAGUGUGACCAACAUUGUUAUGGGGCAUUCUGGAGUUCGUGGAGCCGCUCGGCUGGGCUGACGUUAAAUAAUUACCAUGGCAACCAGCAGAGCAUGCAGACGCGAAGUAAAUAGUUGAGUGCAGUUUCUCGUUUUUUUUGUCAGAAGCAGCUGCUGGAUGAGGUUCUCAGCUGUCAAGUGUAACAGGCUGGAGAGUUCUAGAUCGACUCUGACUCGGACCCAAAUUCAGACUGUCUCUCUCAUGAGGAUGAACUGCAUGUGCUCCAGGUUGUGAUGUGGCAUCUCCUGGGUCACACGUUCAUGUUGCUGGAGUACCUCGUGUCAAGUGCAAAUCCAUCCCGUCGAACUGGACAGUUUGCGACAACCGGGUCCACAUCUGAAUCUUUGAAUCUAUAUCGCGCACCCAGGAGGUCGGCACUGCUCUGAGGUCCACAGCUGCUCCAUCAAUAGCCGCUGUAAAGCGACAAUGAAGAAUCCUAAAACCCUCCAGGUGCCUUUCAGCCCAGCGACCACAUUCACUAUCAAGUGCUCUCUUUUGUAGCCACCCCACCCCCGACACUGCACCCCUUGAGGCCCGGACCAUUAAAAAUGACUGUUUCGAUGAUGUUGAUGGUCAUUCUUUCUUCCUCCUUGAGGAAGAUCUCAAACCUGGACAGAGUCUCUCUGGAAGGCUGAGGAGGCCCCUCCUCUGCUGCUAUCUUAUCUGUCUGUUUUUAAAAUAAACAAUAAGCUUCAAACUGCCGUUCAGUCAGAAAGGCUGGCCUCUUUCAAAGAACACAAGCAUCGGUGUGAGUUGUUUUGCUAUUUCAUAAUUAAAAACUAUUUUUCUAUCUAAUAGCAAACAAUGAUUAUGAUUAUUUGUUAUUGCAUUAUUUUUUUAUUGUGGUGACAAACGUUCAUUAACUUUCAUAUUUUAUAACAGUUAUUUUGUCUGCAUUCGUUUUAAUUUUCCUAAUAAUAAUAAUGUGUUUUUAUUAACACUUGAAAGAGCUUUAUUGUGUAUAUAUGAUUUCGUUUUUUGUUUUAUUUCCAUCCCCGCUUUCAAGCUUCAAUUUUCACUUCAGUAUAUUGGUGAAUGUUUCUGUUCCACAUUCUGUUUUUUUUUUGGUGCCAAUCUAUUUAUGUUCAUUUAGAGUAUGUAAAGAGAAUUAAUUGUAAAAUAAUGUGCGUAUGAGUGUGACCACGGCGACCAUGACUGCGUAGUGUUGCCCCUUCAUGGACUCAGAACUGGACUGUUCCCUCUGUUUUUUCAGUCUGGCAACAACUUCUCCGGGGUUAUUUCUGACUCGCAAACUUUCGCAUCUAAUCUCCUCCUGGCAGAUCCAGACUGUUGAUUAGAGCCCAAGUGUGAAUCUCUGCUCCAUACAGUGACUCUUUGUCCCGCUCUAUUGUUUAUUGAUGGUUGUCAUAGUGGCCGUAACAAAAGCCCGACUAUUGCUGUGUUUACCUCUGCACAGGAACUGCUGGGCAAUUCUCCAUUAAAUUACAGCCAUGUGUGGGCCGCGCUUGCUCCCCUCACCCGCCAGUCCCUCCGCCCCUCACCCAAACCAGCCCCCUCCCUCACAUACUUGUGUGUUCGCUGUGACCAGAUAUGACGGACGGCAGAAUCAGAUGAGGAGACACUAACUGUGAUGAAAGAUUUAGGGCAGCUGAAGUUGUUUGUGGAAUGUUGAGCCCACCCAACCCCCCGACCUCUCGGCCAAACGGUGUGAGACAAAUAAGCAGUGGUCUUAUCUCUCAGGCCGCAGAUCUGGCCACAGGACCCGAGACGGUCCACCUCCUGCUGUGGUUCUCAUACUUUUGAGGAGCCAUUCAAAGACCCUGCUCAUUGCAGAGGUUGAUCAGUUUCGUUUGUCUAAACUUGAAUAUAGAACUUGAAUCGCCCUGAUUGAAGUGCACGACCAUAUUUGGAAAGCCUCCCCGCUAUGAGGCAGACUGGAGGUGCUGUUGCAUAAUACAAUAUUCUCAUUACCGUGUGUCUGACAGUCUCACACCACAACACAGGUGGCCACAUCCCUCUGCUCCCGGCUUCACCCACUUUUCCUUCCUCACUUCUCCAACAUACUAUGGUACACGUUGGUGAGGUGUAUAUUGGCUGCACGACCACAGGAUUCUUUACCCGCCUCCUUCCAGGACACUCAUCAUGAGAGCGCAGACCUCUGCCAAGCAGCUCCAGUCCACCCCAACACAAUCUGCUUGCAGAGGUUUGUGCUUUUCUGCUUUUAAUGUCGCUGCAGCUCUGAGUCUGUGCCAGGGCAGAACUUUUACGGUUUUAAAUAUUCAACGCUCCUUCAUACAGACCCGUUUAGACGAUUCAUUGAGCACCAUUGUCCCCAAAUUCACUGGAUAUCAGGGGCCACGUUCAGUCAGAGACUCAAGGUGCACACAUGAGUCGCUGUGUAGAAGUGGUCGAAGGUCAAUCCUCCUGAACCGGAUGUUUCAUGAUGGGACAGUGGUUGGCAUUUAUUCGCUAAGAGCCAGGUUGAUCUAAACACCGGUCAUGUGACCAUCUGGCGUUAUCAUGUAAGAUGCUUCCACUCUGGUUCCCGCUGCUGCCGGAGUUUACAACUCUGUUUGACGUGUUUAGAUUGAAUGUAUUCCAGUUUGGAUUCUUAUUGGGGCUAUAAAGUGUCUAGACAGACCCACACCCUCGUCCCUCCUCACCUCCAGCCCCCGACCAGCAUUCACGUCUCUGAAUAUGGACUGUCGUUGUCUCACACAGUGGAACAGGAGGAGAAAUGCGUAUUCUGCGUUGGAGUUCUGGAGUUUAAUGCCUGAUGUUUCACGUGCCACUGCUGUAGCUCUUCAUCACUUUUGUUUUCUGUUGCCAAAAAUAACUUUUUCACAACUUAAAGGUAGUGUCGACCUCAGCACAAACCCUCCAUUGUCAGGGCCCGGUCAGCUUUAUCUUGAAAUGCUGACCUUGUUACUCUAACGCGCUGGAGUAUCUGUUAGGAAUAUUUCUGUACUGUGCUUUGAAUUCAAACUUCACCGUCCGCUGUUGCUCUGAGGUGUCACAGCAGUUGUCAACUUCUGGUUCUCUGCUUUCUCCCCGUGCAGUGGACGCGCUGUUCGAUAGACAGUUGACCCUGAACAAGCUGGAGAUCAACUCAAACAUGCUCACUGAAGAGCUCUUGUUUUGAGAUGCCUAUGAAAUGUGUCUCGGAAAUUCAGUCUCAAAAAUAAUGGCCUUGCACGCUUUCUCUCUGACAUCAUUUUCAGCCCUAUUGUUUGAACCUACGUCAGUGCAAGUGUACUGCAACUGAAACAGUUGUGAAUGACAACAGUUCUUUGUUCAGUGCAAACAUGAAUUCAACUAACAUAUUCAUGUUUCCUCUUCAUCCAUCAUGUCAUUUGUUCUUUCUGCACUUUGCAUGUGUUAAUAACAAACUCAAAUACUGACAUCAAACACACUAAAUAUUAAUAUUUACGAGGAAAAUCAGCCACAACACUAUUUAAACAGUUUUUUAAAGAAAUACUUUGAAGGAAUUAAAAUGUGGACAAUGUUAUUUAAAUGUAUUCAUUUGAGAGCGUUGUAGUAAAGGGAUGUUGUCAUGAAGACGGUAUACAGGAGAGUGAAAGCGUGAGAAUCGUUGACGGUUGUUGCCCUGCAACAGGUACCGACCGCAGCCUCGCUGAGCUGCGUGAGGGCGGAUGAUAGAGGAAGACGCCUUUGAAAAGUGAAUCAAUCGCGUGUGAAUGAGGCCCACAUGGUCAUUUUGCCUCCACAGGAAGAGUCGCGGACCCGGCCUCCACUGGCCGAGCCCCCGCCCGCCCUCGCUCCUCCCCCGGCCGCUCAUUAGAAUAAUGUUUGGGCUGCCUGGCCUGGAGCCAAUCAGAGGGGUUUUGUGUCGCAGCUCACUGUGAGGACUUGGCCGGAGAAGAGACCACGAGCGCGCUGGAGCUUCGGAUGGUGGCAGCAUGUCGAGGCGCAAGCAGGCGAAACCACAGCACAUCAACUCCGACGAGCCCGAGGACGGGAUUGCACGCAAGGUCGAGGGCGAAGAGGCCACGAAUGAAGUGAAACGCUUCCGAAUGGACGAGACGAAGGUGUGCAGCAAGUGCUGCGGCGAGUUCUUCGACGAGGCUGAAUUUGUGGAGCACGAGAAAACCUGCACUAAGAGCCAACAAGUUGUGAUCCUGAGGGACGGUGACGGCCACGAGGGCCCUGAGGAGUACACCCAGGGCUCGCCCGACAGGAGCGAGCACGACGACAGCCGCUCCAGCACCAACUCACUAUCCAUGGCAAACCAGGACCAGCUGGAGAGGAUGGAGGACGAGUCCAGCAUGAACGUGGAGGACCUGGCGCAGGAGGACAUGUCCGGCAGCCCUGAGAUGAAUUAUCACGCCUCGCCGGACUUGCAAGACACCAACGUGACUCUGGAAGCCAUGGCCGACACCAAGGUCGCCGUCUCCCAACAUUCAUCCAACAGCUCGUCCCUCAACUCCACGCAGGAGGUGCUGCAGGCCAUUCCCAUGAUCCUGGAGCAGUUGGUCUGCCUGCAGCAGCAGCAGCUACAGCAGAUCCAGCUGACCGAGCAGAUCCGCAUCCAGGUAGCCAUGAUGAUGCCGCAGGGGGUGCAGUCAUCAAUGGGAGCGGCCAUGGAUCCUCUCAAAGCGCUUGGUGCGCACCUCUCUCAGCAGCUAUCUGCCGCUGCAGCGUUGAUCGGGAAAAGGACUGGAACGCAAAGCCUUUCACUGGAGGCACUAAAACCCGGUAAACUACCUCUUACUGGAGGCCUCCCCGCCUCUCUCUCAGGAGGUCUGGGCACCAUGACCUCUAAAAUGGACAUACUGAAGGGAAUUCCAGACCUGGCCAGUCGACUGCCAGCGCUGCUGCCACAAUCCCCAGUCGGCUUCCCGGGCACCUUUAAUGGCACCCAAGCAGGGAUUGAUGCAUCCAAGAAGGCCAAGACCAAACUCUCGAACGUCCCACCUGAGGCAAAGAACGGAGAAUCCCUGUACAAGCACAAGUGCAAGUACUGUGGCAAGACUUUUGGGAAUGACAGCGCGCUCCAGAUUCACCUGCGCUCCCACACUGGAGAACGGCCCUUCAAGUGCAACAUCUGUGGGAACAGAUUCACCACCAAAGGAAACCUCAAAGUGCAUUUCCAGAGGCACAAAGACAAGUACCCUAACAUCAGCAUGAACCCCCAUCCUGUGCCGGAGCACCUUGACAAUAUUCCCACCAGCAGCGGCAUCCCGUUUGGGAUGUCUGUGCCACUGGACGAGUCGAAUAUGGCCGAAGUGAAGCCCGUGAUCAGCCACCCGUCUGCUGGAUUCCAUCCUUCUCCCGUCGCUGGAUUCAAGACGUUUGAAGGCUUCGGUGGGGAUCCUUUCUCCCACAGACCUUCUCCGUCAACCAGUGACAGCUCGACUUCCGUGUCUGCCAGUCUUUUCAGCCAAGACACUGGAUUGGAACCGACUCUGAAGGACACAAAGGACGUGCUCGGCUCGUUGCAUCAGCUGAACGGAAACUCCCUCCCCGGAGAGUCCAGCUCCGGAACAGCCAAGCUCCAGCAGAUGGUGGAUGGACUUGAGAAAAGGACCAACGAUCCCAACGAGUGCGUGAUCUGCCAUAGAGUCUUGAGCUGUCAAAGUUCACUGAAGAUGCACUACCGCACACACACUGGCGAGCGCCCGUACAAAUGUAAAAUCUGCGGCCGUGCUUUCUCCACGAAGGGGAACCUGAAGGCCCAUUAUGGCGUGCACAGAGCCAACACUCCACUGAAGAUGCAACACUCCUGUCCCAUCUGCCAGAAGAAGUUCACCAACGCCGUCGUUCUGCAGCAGCACAUCCGCAUGCACAUGGGUGGACAGAUCCCAAACACGCCUCUGCCUGACAACCAGUUUGAAGCAGCAGAGCCCAUGGAGUCGCCGCUCCCGGAUGAGAAGUCUCUGGAUGCUAAUGGCUUUGACACAAGCCUGGAGCUUCCAGAACCAGACCCGAACGUGACAAAGCCAAACGACGCCCCAGAUCUCCUGACCUCCGAGGAGCAAAUGUCUUCUGCCCCGACCAUGUUCUCCAGCCUGGAUGUUCUGAAGAACCUCACGUCUGCUCUUGCACUGAAACGACAGAGCAGCACGACCUCUGAGAGCGAAGUGACCUCCAAGGAAUCUCCGUCAGCUCCUAGAGAGCAGGACUUUGACAACGGCCGAAGUCCUUCUGCUUCUGACUCGGCCAUGUCCUUCCAUUCAUCGUCUCCUGUGAACACCAGCAGAAGCAAGUCUCCUGAAGCUGCUGCUUCCGAUGAAUCAGCCCGCAACGGCGCCAAACCAGAGUCUGAGGGCGGUACCCGGAAGGCAGGCGAGGCCAAUGGAGCCCUCGACCUCACCUCUGGCACCUUCACCCCAAAACCAAUCAAAGAAGAGCCUGGCGUCACAUUUACCAAUGGAGAUUAUGCGUCACCCAGCAUGCCUUUCAUGAGAAUACCAUCCAGUCUGGCCAGCCUUGAGAUGAAGAUCCCCGAGAACCCUCUGGGCCCUCAUGGUCUGUUCAGCUCCCACAUGCCCCAGGGCACAGCCAUGUCCUCGACCGGCUCAUCUGCCCCACGGAGAUCAGCCAAACCGCACGUGUGCAAUGUUUGUGGCAAAAACUUCUCGUCCGCCAGCGCCUUGCAGAUUCACGAGCGCACUCACACUGGAGAGAAGCCUUUCGCCUGCAACAUCUGCGGCAGAGCCUUCACCACCAAGGGGAAUCUGAAGGUUCACAUCGGCACUCACAUGUGGAACAACUCCUCGCGCCGAGGCCAGCGCCUCUCCCUGGACAACCCAAUGGCACUGAUGGCGAUGGGCUCCGAGCCCAAGAUGGUGCCAGAAAUGAUCCCACAUCCACCUAAAGAACUUGGUCCCGGCCCCAUGAACUUUGACCCAUCGCUAUGGAACCAGUAUGCUGCAGCUGCCGCCUUCACCAGCGGCCUCACCAUGAAGACCAACGAGAUCUCCGUCAUCCAGGGCGGCGGCAUCCCCAUGCCUGGGAGCCCCGCUGGCGGGCCGAUGAUCGGCUCCACUGGUGGUCUGGUCAAGAUGGAGGUCUCCCACUCUGGCCUCCCCGCCACCAUGGCAGAGAUCGAGAAGACCAGCUCCGACAGCGUGCCCAAGUCCCAGUUCCCACACUUCAUGGAGGAGGGUAAAAUCGCUGUCAACUAGCCGGCUGCCCUCCCUUGAACUCUUUGAAUGUCUUUUGUGUUCCGAUGAGGUACAAUCACAUUUUCAGGAAAACGUUUUGAUUGAAGAAAACUUCCACUAAUUUCAACUGGAGUGUCAGACUUUUAGUUGAAGCUAAUAUAACUACUGUAGUUGUAUUAUUUUAUAUAUGCGGGUAUUUUUGUUUUGCUGUCUAUCCAGAAGUUUGAAUGUAAAACCUACUUGAAACUGCUUUAAUUCCAACUUUGUGAAGGAUUGUUUUGACUUCAGGUUAAUUUGGAGGAGUUCAGGAAUGUUUUUGUGCCUACGACUGCUCUCCUUCGACACCCGUUGUUUUAAUACCAGUCUGUUAGUGUUUCCUUUAAGAAGUGACGCUCUGUCUCGUCCAAGAGGUACAACUUCAUGCCCACGUAGCAUGUCUGUGCAGAAAUCCCUGAUGAGCAUUUUAUGCCAAGUGCCUGAUGUGGUGUCACUGCUCGGGUGGAGAAGGCUAGUUUGACUGAAUUUUUACUGGUGUAGCAUUUGUACUCUCAGUUCACCUUCAUUUCCACUCCCGUGAUGCUCAAUGUUGUCCAGUCUGCACUUUAUUUACAGCUCAUGUUCACUGCUCGUAGCGAUCACUAACAUUCUGUCCACUCCUUCGUCUGACCCUUUUUAUUUUCUCUCCCUUCUUGUAGCAACAUUUAUUUAUUUAUCCUCAUCACUUGAGUUUAGGAGAUCCGUCUACCUCGUUAGGAUUUUGCUUUCCUCCCUUCUCUUAAGCUCAGAUAGUUCCUGGAGUAAGCGGACGUCCUCGUCAACCUGCUGAGUCUCUGGACACCUACAUUCCUGUUUUGUUUUUAUCAUUUACCAAGUUGUGCCUUCCAACUGCUCAAGUCUGUACCAGUCUUCAUUGAGCCGCUGUUCGGCUUGUUUACAAUGUAAAGUUGUUGUUUUUUUGUGUUCCGUCUCCCCCAAAGCGUUUCAUUUAAAUGUUUCUGGUUUUGAAGAA